AUGAGGCCGGUUCUACUAUUGUCGUUAAUAGCUCUGGGGGUAAGAGCCGAAGAAGAGAAGGAGCGGCCGGCGUUAAUGCAAAGACUCGUCCAAAGUCUUCCGCAGAUCCCAGAGGUCAUUAAAGGACAGAUGCAAGGAAAACCUGACGAGCUCAAGUAAAUACUUAACUUCCUUCAUUUCGGCACUCAAAUAUUCUUCAAUUAAAUUUUUUCAAACAGUUAAAACUUCAGAAAGUUGAUUUCGAACAUGCUUGGAGAUGGUCUGCUCAGUCAGCUUGUAGUUAAUCCAAUGGGAGUGAGUUUAUCGUUCAAUUCUUGAAACAUACUAUUUUUAUUAGGUUGCUGAAAACAUGGGUGUUCCUUUGAACGAGCUCGGUAUCAACAAAACCGAAGUGGAAAAAAUGUCCUCAAAUAUGUUGAAAGGAGAAAAUAAUGGUUCAACACCUGCUCCUUUCAACCUUUUCGGAGGAUUGUAAGUUGCAGGCUAUGAAAAGUCAAAAAAAUAAUUUUUAGCACUCCAAGUACGACGACCACUAAAAAGGCUAUGUAUGUUGAUGGAGUACUUAUUGAGGAUUUUGACGAUUUUAUCAGGUUUUUAAAAUUUCGUCCGUGAUCAAAUUUUGAGCGGGACGUAUACAUCAACCAACAACGGCAAUUCUUUUAGAAGACAUGAUCUCGAGAGCAAAGGAUUGAGCACCAGCAAACCACCUGUGACCACAACUCCGUUAAGUACGGAACGAGUGAGUAGAAAGGAAUUCGAUCGGAAAACAAUUUAGUUUUCAGAUUGCUGAAGUGAUAAUGGAAAAAUUGAACAAAAAAGAAACAAUCAGAGAUGUUGGCAUCACUUUUUCUUCCUUCAAACAGUGGUUCUGUUUGAGGUUCCUCGUCCGAUGCCCCAGAACGAUUUGGCGAAUCGUCUUGAUAUGAAUCUAAUUGACCCUGGUCGAAUAGCCGAAAUCAACAGCGUCUUAAGAAGAGCUCCGCCUCGAUAUGGUGAUUAUUAUUUGUUUUUCAAACUAUUGUUAGUUUCCAGAAGCGAUGGAUUCGCUCGCUCUAGGAAUGGAUGUUCCGACGCAUUCGAUGCCUGGACCGCCGGGGUUCAUACAAUCCUUGGAUCCUACUGUGGAUGAAGUUGUGACUAGCCUCAGAACGAAAGGAGCUUAUGGCCUAACAGUAGAAGUGAGGAUGUUCAAAUACUUUUACGAUAGACUGUAAAUUGAAUUUUGAAGGAUGUGAAGCGCCUACAAAACAUGUUGCAAACAUACGAACAAACUUUGCAAACAAAAGAACUUCUCACGAAGCGAAAACAGCUUCAAGUUCUUCAAAAUGAGUUAACUGAGCAGAGGCAAAGAAUUGAAGUUCAAAGGAAAAUGGAGGAAGAACUCAGAAAAAAGGUUUCCACACGUUUCAGCUUCCAUUUUAUUGAAAUUGUUCAGGAGAAAGAACUUGAAAAUGAACACCAGCGUAUGGAAGUUCAACUGCGGGAGCAACUCAACAGCUGGCACAGUUCUUUCAAUCCGACUCAAGCAGUUGGAAAGAAUUAUAUUUUUUUAUUUUCUGGACAAUUUUAGCGUGGUCCUAUUGCACCUCCUCUCAAUCUUGACUCCUUGGAUCCCGUCUCUGGAAUGGUGAAACUGAGAAUUCUCUGAAUCGGUAUUUAUCAAAACUUUAGGGACAUCCACCCGCCUCAGAAGAACUUCCGAUUGUCUCACAAGGAAGCUCUUUGCAUGUUGCUCCCAGAGCUCAAAGACCAGAAGCCUUAUCAGAAUCUUCUCAUGAGCGGAGACUCUCUGAAGAGCGAGAAAAGAUUGUUGAAAGUCAGGUAAGCUCACUGUUUUAGAUAAUGUACCAAGUUUGCACAAUAGUUUUUUAUCAACGUUCUUAUCUGUUUGAAGAUGUCGGAAGCUGCUCCUCAACCGAUCAAGAUAAGCAGUGCACUGAAAAACCAAAUAAGGUAUUCUCCAAGGCAAAACUCAGAAGUCGUCCCACCCAGUACAUCGGUUGUGCGAGAAGAGUUUGUAGAUUUGUCGAGCUUCUAAUGAAUUUUCCGUUAAGUGAUGAGUUCAAAUCGGGCUGUAACUGCGAAGAAAUUUCUUUGGAGAAAAUGCGUGGAGACUGGGCUUUGGCUUUAGCUUCACCUAAAGUUGUUGAAGCUCUAAACGGUAAAGCCAGCGAGCUCGUGGGCGCUGACUCUUCCCUCACUUGCUCUCGUUUCGAAGGUUUCUCAUCCAUUUGUAUGAUCUUAUAAAAGCGGAUAACUUGAAGUCGCUGGAGGGAAACAGUCUGUUGCUGCUCAGGAUGCUCGUCUUCAGUGGCAAUUCAAAGUGAAAGGAAGCUCCAAAAUAAAUCAGGUGACGUAAAAGAGGAAUUAUUGUGCAAGUGCUUGUUUUGCAGUUGCGUGGAAAUGCGUUGACCAUGGACCACAAAUCGGUGCGUGUGCAAAUGCGAGAUUUCGAUGGGGAGAAUUUCAGCUUUCCAUGUACGUGAGCGGUUUUGAGGAUGUGUUUUGAAACUGUUGACGUACGAAGUAAAUCUGAGAAAAGUGAAGAGGCUUGAAAAGCUGUUAAAGCUGGAAAUUUUUCAAUUCGUCUUUGAGAGGAAGUUGACAAACUCUCAGUUAGUUUUGGUGGAAUGCAAAAAACUUUGAUGGUUGAAUAAUUCAAGUAGUCUCGGCUGUUAGAAACUAUUUUUUAUUUUCUAUUCGUAUGUUUGUUAAUAAAUUGAGUACGUUAUAAAAAAAAAGAUCAUUUCAGUCUGCGCAUUGCGAACUGACAACGGCGACAAAUACGAAUACAUGGUUCUGACAAAUAGCAAAGGAGACUGCAAAGAUAUCGCUCUGUUGGUCCGGAACCCCGAGGAGUUUUUCGAAAGUGAAAACAAAAGUCUUGCCAAGUUUUUGAAAACGGUAAGUGAUAUUGAAUAACAACCCAUUCGAAAUUUUUCAUUUUCAGAAAAUUGCUAAAAAAGAGAUCAACGCUCCAGAGGUUGCCGAUUUCUCCAACAAGUGCGAUGAAUAA